AUGACACAACUCAACACGAGCGGGAAGGAUCUCGAUUAUAAGACAGAAGAUGUGUCCGGUGCGGAACGUAGUCGUCGAAUCGUAGAUUCCACUGUCGAAAAAGCAUCAAAGCCCACUUCCAACGAUGAUCCUUUUACACAAGACGAGCCUAUCAUCGGUUACGCACAAGAACAACUUCUACCGCUCAUCAACGCAUGCGAGCCACUCUCUCAUAUCAUUCAUAACAUCUCACAUUACGCACACAUCGCACUCACUCGUACUCCACAACUACCACCCGACGGACUAACUAUCGACGAGAGUGCUGCCAUUCGUCUCUACACCAUGGAAUGGCAACAGCCACACCAGAGUCUCUACACCAUGCUCAACUAUACACUCAAAAAUCAAGAUCGACAGCAUCUUCGACCCUAUUUCAAGUACAUGAAACUGUUCAUUACUGCACUGGCCAAACUGCCUUGUUUACCACCGUUGACCAUCUGGCGUGGCAUAACCAAAGAUGUAAGCAAACAGUUUCUGCCCGGUUAUUCGACGACGUGGUGGUCAUUUUCAUCGUGUACGACUGAACUGACUGUACUGGAAAACAACAUCUAUUUAGGUAUUGAUGGCAAACGAACACUGUUUUCGAUCGAAGCGAUCAAUGCUCGAACAAUUCGUGAUCAUUCUGAUUUCACAACUGAAGAUGAAGUUCUUCUGUUACCAGGUAGUCAGAUGGUGGUUCAAUCACAGUUCAUGCCAGCAACUGAUCUACAUGUGAUACAUCUGAAACAAGUCGUACCCGAAGAAGUGUUGCUGGAACCGCCGUAUUUUGGUGCUGAUCUAUAUCCGAAAGCAAAGCGUGCAUGGUACCGGAAGAAAAGGAUGUUGGUUUCAAUGGGUGUACUAUUAAUAUUUGGCAUUGCAGGAAUCAUUAUUGGUUCGGUUUUANUGAUGAAUAGUUUCAUGUACCUGAAGUAG